AUGACACCUGUUCCUCGCUCCAUGCAGAACGAGAGCGGAGAUCUCAGUACGCAGUCGGCGCUGUUGGACAUCAGCCAAGAAGAGCCGGAAGUACAUCUGAAGCAGAGCAACAAUGGGGCUGGGAGCCCAUUAAUCGACAAACUACCUCGUGAGAUACGUUAUGAGAUCUAUUCGUACCUGCUAGUCAACCCCGUUCUCGGCACAAGCUGGUCAGUCAUUGAAAACGAAGCACAUACUCUCGGCAAGCGAGAGCACUAUGAUCUACAUCCUGCGAUCCUACAAACGUGCAGGAUGAUCUACAUGGAGGCAUCGGAAGUCCUUUAUGGCACAAACACAUUUUUCAUCACUUGUUUCUCCGUCCAAGAACUCUACAGGAUUGAAUACCUCUGUCCCAUAACCCGCCACUUGGAAGACGAAAAACCAACCACAACCGAGCGAUUGACGAUAUACGCUCCAUCUAUCAAGACCGUCAGGCGGUGGAGAGUCUUGAUAUGCGAAGUAGAUAUCCAGGAUGAUCUCUAUGGGACACUCCCGCCAGAUGUUUUAGAUCAUCCCGAUCUAUACAAGCAAUCACAAUGGCAGCUUCUCCAUUUUUGUCAGUCGAUUUGUCGAAGUCCUCCACGAUCUUUAGAAGUCAUUUUCGGACCAAUUUCAGCAAAGCGCUGGGCAGCAAGAACAACUCAAAUAUUUCAUAAGGUUACGGAUCCUCUGCACCUCCUUCUAAAGAUCCCUACUUGUUGCGUCCGACUAGCAAGUUCCGAAGAACUUAGGAACUCAAUGGCAGGAAUGUACUUUCUGUACUGGAAUGAGGAUGAGUGGGCCGACACGGAAAAUAGCGAUAACAAUAUUGACGAGUUCAGGGUGGAGAGUUUUGACGAGAAAUGCCGUGAUCUGAGGGCGCUCAUCACAGGGCAAUCUCCAGUCGAGCUAGUAUUUGCAAUGUUUUCCAACCUGCUGUCCUAUGCACAAGCAUUCGAAAGAGACCCUACUUUUAAGGACCAGAUGGGGCUGGACCCAGAAAAAGAUGAAGAAAUUAAAGAUAUCUUCGGCAUGGAAUACGAAAACCGACUACCCAGACCGCUCCUCGACAAGAACCCUUACCGAUUACGGCAUUCGAUGGUGCCUCUGGAGGAAGCUUUAUCACGAGCAAAGUGGGCUUCUAAUAGUAGUGACUGGCCAGAAUUCAAGCUACAGAGAGCUAAGGUUUUGGAAAUUCUGGAACAACACUGCGUCAAGAUAGCUGGGGCCCGUCAUGACUUGGCACUGUUUUUAAGACAAGAGAAGAUGGAGAAUGGUAUCUUCGGCGUCAAUCACGAGGAACGGGCCUCGGAAUUCCAUCAUACUCGGAUUGAGGAUUGCCACGAAGUUGCCCUCACCUACUUGGAGGACUAUGCCAGUGCUUUCGACAGAGACAUAAAUCGAGCAGGCAGAGCAAUGCUCAAAAGCUGUCAAGAUCUAUUCGACACGGAAUACAACCGUAUGCCGCGAGAGACUUUGUUGAGAGAGCUCAACCAAUGGAUUAAGCUACGCAAGUUUGAAAAUUUCAGGCGGAGAUUCAAGAGAGCUGUAGACGAUGUGGACAAGCAAUUUACCGAGAUUCUACUUGCUAGGAGUAAGAUUUUUGAGUGGGAUAUCUCUGAAGACCGAGGCUUUCUGUUGGGUCUAGAAAUAGGCCAGUGCGACAAGAUUUCCGAGUCAGACUUCAAGAUUCUGCCUACUCGACAAAGCAUCACGCUCCGUGUAGGACCAAGGCGCCGCUAG